UAAGUUCCUCCUUUGAUCAUAAGAACACAUUGUCAAGCUUCUGUGUUCCUGUUGUUUAUAUCACAUUGUGGUAUCUAGCUGUAGAAAUAUCAGCAUCUAGUUUAUUCUGCCUACGAAAUCUGGAGAUUUUAAAAACUUCAGAUUGAAAAAAUUUAUCAAGCUAACAGUCUUUCCAAAAAUUGUUGAAGAUCAUGGAAAACAACUUGUAUGAGAAUACUUACUGUGGAACUGAAUUAAAGCAAGCUAAGAAACUCCAAGCAGAAAUUUUACAAACUAAUGAAAAAGUCACAACGGAAUCUAACAACACAAGCAACACAAGUAAAGUGAAACUGAUUGCUUUGAUGUGCAUUAUAACCCUGCUGGGAAUUAGCAUUGUCAUGACAAUUCUAUAUUUGCAGAAGUCAAAACAACUGGAACAAGCAAACCUUUUACAAAAUUCGAGUAUUGGAUUUGAGAAAGAGCUCAUUCAACCAGAAGUAAAAGCUGCUAACCUGCCAAGGGAUCAAAUAUCCCUUCAAAUGCAACUGAAGCAAGCACAAUGGGAAAUCGAACAAUUCAACAGCAGACUGCAGGGCAAGUGUUGCCCUCCAGGAUGGGACUUCCUUAGCCCCAGCUGUUACUAUUUUACAACAAGUUCUGAAAAUUGGUUUAAUGCCCAAACCCACUGUGCAAGUUUGUCAUCAGAUUUAGUGGUGAUCAAAGGUGCAGAGGAACAGGAAUUCAUAAAUAAAAGAAAAAUACAUGACCAGCUUUAUUGGAUUGGACUAACAGACAAUGAAGUGGAAAGUACAUGGAAGUGGGUAGACGGGUCUCUUUGUAGUUCCUCCAGUGACGGAACAGUGUACUGGUACAAGAGUCAGCCUAAUGGUCAGCCUCUUGACGAAGAUUGUGCAGUAAUAUACCUGGAUGGAUCAUGGCAUGAUUUCCCCUGUGAUAGCAAAUUUGCAUGGAUCUGUGAGAGACCGGCCUAUACAUGCUUUUCUUAAGGAUACCUUUGAAUGAGAGCAGCAAAAGCUUCAGCUGGACAUUCUAAUAGUGGACUCUCUGUACUGCAGAAGAAAAUAACGUUACAUAGAAAAAUGCAUUAUCUAGCAUUCCCUUGCUAAUCAGUUUUGCUUAUAUUUGUCGUAAUAUCAAAAAUAAGCUAGUGUCCAGUUUCAUUUCACACAUUAAGUAGUAAAUUUCAAUACAACUUUUAGUAUCAAAAUAAGCAUUGCUUAUAUCUGCAUUUCAUCGUCCUUUGUAAAAACUAUUAAGUUUAAUACAUUCAGAAGUAAAAGAAUUUACAAAUG